AAAAAAAAAAAGAAACGAAAAGAAAACCCCAAUCUCUCUCUCAGUCUAUCUUCAGGUGUAUAUGCUGUAAGCUGGUAAACCUUCUUAUCCUGAUGCAUGCUAUAAAAGGUGGAUGGGUUGGGCAGACAUUUGCCCUAGCUAAGUGCAAUGAGCAAGGAGGGAAGAAGUCUCGGAUUCGGCGUUCAAAGGAGGAAAGGAAGGCAAUGGUUGAAUCUUUUAUAAGAAAGUAUCAGAAAUCAAACAAUGGAAAUUUUCCAUCUCUUAACCUUACCCACAAGGAAGUUGGUGGGUCUUUCUACAUCAUACGGGAGAUUGUGCGAGAGAUAAUCCAAGAAAAUAAAGUGUUGGGGCCUGCUAAGUUUACUGAAGGGGAGCAGAACAUUGAUCUGUUCUUGGAACAAAAUCCACUGGGUUCAAUUUCCGCAGCACCCAAAAAUUCUUUGCCCAUACAAUCAAAUGGAAGUCCUUUCAUUCCUAGUCAUCAUGAGGAUGCAAAUGAUGGAUCAGUUUCGGUUUCUGAUGGGCAUUCUAUGGGGUCUGACUAUAAAAAGUUUGACAGUGGGCAAAUCAUUAAUGGGAAUUUUGUAGAUGUGACCAAUGGAACUGAUAAAGUAGCAAUUGUUGACUUGCAAGUAACUGAACCACUGGAAAGUGAUAAAAGUGGUAAAGAACUGGCAGCAGCCACAUCUAAAGUCACUCAAAUAACACCAGAUGUAGUAGUCGAGACAUUUCCAUUACGGCCUGUGGCUAAACCAAUUGACAGCAUUGAUGGAAGGUCUAGUGAAGUAGGGGAAUUAAAUGAAAAUUUGGAUCAGACAGAAACUGUGAAGGUGAAUGAGAGUCUAGAAAAUGUAAGUCCUAAGUUAGAUGAUAUAAAUUCCUCUGAGGUUUCUAAUUUGACAGAUGAGAAAGAAGUGGAAAACCUUGUGGAUCUUUUGUUGGAGAAGAACUCUGAUUUAGCAGAUAAGAAAGUGGUGGAAAACAUUUCAGAUCCACUAUUAGAAAGCUCAGAUUGCUCUACCAGGAAAAGUGCCAUUGAUGAAGAUUACAAUGGUGCAGCAUUAGAGGUCUCUUGUAGCAAUGUUUUAACAUCUGAAAUAAAUGAACCAAGCCAAGCAAUUGUUGAAGAGGCAGUAAAUGCUUCAAAUGGCAAGCACCCAAAAAUUGAUGGCACUGACACUGGCAGCUGCAUUGGGGAGUCAACAACCCAAGAGGCGGUUGUGGUUGAAGGUCAAGUUGAUUUGCAACAUGUCAACUCCCAGAAAGGAAGCAAUAAAACAUUAGACAGAAUUAAUCUUGAAUCAUGGGAAGGGACAUCAAAAAGUGCUGCCAAGUCCGAAACUAACCCCCUGUGGGCAAUUUUCAAAUCCUUUAUAUCAGCCUUUUUGAAAUUCUGGUCUGAGUAACAGUUUUGUUGGUCUUUGAAUUUUGAGAGUAAUGCAAAAUUUACUAGGGUUUUAUUCACAUUGAAGUGUGUGGGUGUUUUAACUUAUAUUUCCAAUUUCACCCAAUUUACCAUGCUCAAUGUUUAUGCAGUAGUAAGUAGUGAUCAUGGUAUUACAGGAGUUCCGGUUUGUAAAUCGACGGCACAAUGUGAAGGAUAUGAUGGGAUAUUUUAUUAUGCCAUGGACAGGUUUAGUUGCAAGGUUAUAGUUGGUACAAUGGUCCAUGGGUAUAUUGUGUCGAGUUGAAUGUUAGGAUGGAGACAUACAUUUUAUUUCGUGAACAUAAUUAGAUUGCACUUGGAAUGCCAUUGUCUGGUAUGUUUAUCUGUUU